UGUGAGCUCGAGAUAUGGUGUUUCACCAGCAAGGUGAUAACCGGCAGCGGCGUGGUAAGACGAGAUACCGAUCAGACAAAGGACCUAGCGCCUCUCAAAUCUGUUUCUUUGACUCUCUCUCGUAUCUCAUAUGUCCCCCAUCAUGAGUGACAAAGCUGUGAAUGUAGAGGGCGGUCUUUGUCGAGUCGGGUGGCAAAUAUGACCUUCGCUUGGUAUCAGCCGAACAUGCUCGUCCGAUUGACCAUCUCCUCUAGCUUCACGCAACCACGUUUUGCUUCUGACUUCGCAGGUCGAGCCCUACCAUGCACCGCACCAUACAGAUCACAGCUAUCAAUCAGCCAGAGGCCGCCAUGUUCUCCUUCGAGUGCUCUGUCUGCAGCGAAGGUUUCACGGAGCCGACAACGCCUCGCAAGAUCGAUGGAGAUCCGAUCUGUCAUGACUGCGUUCUCGAAAGUCUACCACCUCGAUUCGAGGCUGCCCUUAACAAUCCACUCGAUUACCCGGUCCGCUGGGGUAAAGGCGUUGAGGUAAAUGCCGAUGACUUCGAAGACAUACUAAGUGCAGACUUCGUGGCAAGAUAUCACAGACGAGAGGUCGAAUACAACACGCCAGCGACUGAUAGAUUCUACUGUAAACACAAAGUUUUACAGUCGCGUAAGCCUAAGAUCGGCGGCACCCCGCCUGACGAACCCAUAUUCCUCAAGCCCGAACAAAUUGAUGUUGCACAGGGUGAAGCUGUCGACUGCGGUGCAAUGAGAGGCGCUAACCCAGAUCCUAGCCUGGUUUGCUACCAUUGCCUUGGUCAGCAUUGCCGAAGCUGCCGCUCUCCGAUCUAUGAAAUGACAGCUGGCUCACAUGUAUGCACUGGCCCUCCCGUGACCAUUCAACUGACAGAGAUUGAAGGCUUGCAACGAGGCAGAGACUACCAAUACUGCCCCAACGAGACAUGCCACAACCCAGUCAGUCUGCACGACGGAUGCAACCACAUGACCUGUCCAGAACCUGGGUGCAGGACCGAAUUCUGCUACAUCUGUGGACUCGAAGCGCGUGAAGGUACCGGACACUGGAGUGAAGGCGGUUGCCCAAGAUAUAACCAACCUGGUCCCAACGCGUUCUUUGACGACGACGAGGAUGAUGACGAUUUCGCGGAGUUCGAGGAGUGGGAUUUUCUUGCGCGCCCUUCGUCAAACCCGGUAGAGGCAGCGGAAACAGCCCGCUUCGAUCAGGAGGCAAUGCAAGCCAUGGAUGCAGCGCCCAACGCUCCAUGGCUCGCGCGGGCGCUUCUCAGCAAUCUACUGCGAAAUUUUCGUACUAUGCGGAGAACCCUCGAUAGCCUCCACCAAGCGCAAAAUUUGGAGCAUGUGCUCUACAGCUUCAACCUGACAACGGAGUAUAUCCGGUGUGUGUGGCAAUGGCUGAACCACGCGCUUUUCGUCGACCUCCCUCAGCCGCUCCAGGAAAGUCUCAGGCUUUACUUCGGCCUCCAUGAGCGGAAUGAGGACAACUUCACAAUGCGCCUGGAGAUCCUCUUCGUCCGCAACAAUACUGAGCACUGUAUUUGGCCGGACGGCUGGUUGGUCAACCCAACCCAGCGCCAAGAUAUCGUUGGCUCUACAGCCGAAUAUCACGCCGCUCUGGGCAGAGAGUUGAAUUCUGUCGGACAACGGGUGCAGCUUGAUGAUCAUGGCGACCAAUUCGCUUUCUACGAGAGACUAUACACAAGUGUGCUCGAUGCUUUACCGCUAACGCGGCUGACCCACGAAGAGCUGGAGAAUCUGGACCUCGUCGCUAGGGAGAAGUUCCGUAACGCUUUAAGGCUGGUUGCGGGCAUCCAUCUGACUGGACGUGAGAAGGUCCUGCCUUUGCUGGCAAGGACGCAAACCUUGUUGCUGGAGCGGACCGGGCAGUUGAGUCAGGACGACGAGCAAAGAAGAUUCAAGGGUGUGUGGGAGAAUAGGCUCGUAGGUCGCAGUGAGCCUCUUGUCUGAACUCGGUGGUUGUACGUAACAGUCUGCACACGUCUGUUCGAAUGUAUUGUGAGCUUCUCGAGAUGCUUGCGGUAGCCUUCUUUGCGUUCCUGUUCUAGAUUG